GCCCCUGGAUGGGCAUUCCCGGAUCCCUUACUGGGUUUAUGGCAGCGAGAGCUUUUUUGGGGCCACCAGUUGCAGAUCCUGUGCGAAGGGAAAGGCUUUGCCCUCCCAGGGCAGGGUGAGCUCUCCAGACACGGCUGUGGUUCGGUUUGUCCUGGAGGACUUUGUCCUGUGGGACGUGCAGGUCUGGUCCGGCUCUUCCAUAAAUCCCGGCACACAGGUUGAGCAGUCUCUGCUCCCUGAAGCAGCUCGGGGGCAAAACACUGCUUUGCCCAAAGCUACGGGGAGUCAUCCCUGAGCUGCUGAAAUCCUGUGCCUAGUCGUCCUCUCUGGAGUUGGGUGGAAGCUCACACAGAUUACUGGGAUGGAUCCAGGUAAAUCCCGACACGUCCUGGGUGUGCAGACCUUCCAUACACAGGUUCUCAGACCCACACGAGCUGUGGCUCGGGGAGCUGCACUCCUGCUCCUCAGGCCUGGGGCUGGUACAGCUCCUCUGUUUGCAUCGUGUCCGUGCGAGAAUGAGCAGGGAAAUGGACUUUCCUGGAGUGUUUUUCCCCCUCGGGUCAGUGAUGCAGUGCUGGGGCCAAAGGAACUCCCCACUCCUGGAGCCCCUCUGCCCGUGUCCGUGUCCCCUCACCUCUCCUCUGCUCUCCAGGCGAUGGAUUCUCCCUAUGCCAACGGAGCCUACAGCCCCCCGUACCCGCAGUACCCCAGCCUGCCCCAGGCACGGGGGUUCUACUGCUCGGGGCCCCCCCGGACCCCCUACCCCCCGGAGCCCACGGGCCUGUACCGGCCUCCAUCGCCCGCUCCCGCCUGGAGCUACGCGUCCCCGGAGUGUCCCCCCGAGGGCUCCGCGCUCCGGAGGCAGCAGGUCCCUGGCUACUCCCCGCCACAGACCCCGGGAAUGCCGAUCCCGCAGUAUCCGUACGGAGACAGCAGUGCAGGGGUCCCGGCCCAGGGGCCUGUGCCACAGCCCAGAGCCCCGGAGGACACGUGGGGCCCCCCCUCAGUGUAUGGGGUGCAGCCACGUUACAGCUGGCGCAGCCCCGGGCACGGGAACCUGUUCGUGCCCGACUCACACCCGUCCUGGACCAACAGCGGGGCUCCUGCCCACCCUCCCGCCUGGGACUCACAGGACUCUGCCUACGACAGACCCGAGCAGAGCCCGAGCCAGCACGGCUGCUACUCGGAGGUGAAGCAGCAGCAGUCGGGGCCGGUGGGGGAGCACAGGCCGGCCCAGCCCCAGCCCCGGGUGCAGUACAGUGCCCAGCCCCAGCUGUACGACCUCGGCCCGCGCCGGCCCCCGAGCCGCGAGCACGGGGGGAAACCUUCCGAGCAGCCUCCUGCAAACCCCACAGCCCUCCAGCCCGAGAUCCAGAGGAUCCUCCAUGUGAUGGGGGAGGCCGAGCAGCUGGAGGAAGAGGUGGAUGAGUUUGUAGGGAAAAAGACAGAUAAAUCCUACCGGCUCCUGGAGGAGAUGUUGACCAAGCUGCUGCUGGAGCUGGAUUCCAUCGAGACUGGGGGCCAGGACAGUGUCCGGCAGGCCAGGAAAGAGUCCGUCCACAGAAUUCAGGCCAUACUGGAAAAACUGGAAAGAAAGGGAUUGUGAAAGCACAUCGGCCACAACACACGGCCUGUUGUUGAAGUUCCAAAGAGUUUCAGUUCUUUUAAAUCUCAGCUCUUUCUGCUACGCACUACUGACAAUGGAAAACAGCAAUAAGCCCUGAGUUAACAAUCAAACCCACAAAAAAGGCCACCCCAGAAGCCCAGCCCUGAGAGACAACUUGGCAAAGGACAAAUUGAGAGAGGUUUGAAGAAGCAAACGUCAUUAAUGAAGAUGUUGAAGAGGACUGGGCUGAGGAUGGAGCCCUGUGGGGCUGUGUACAGAAUUCCCCAGACCAAGCCCCAUCUCCGGGUGCCUCCUGCAGCCACAGACGGUCUUUAAACACUUGCCAGAUGUGCUGCAACGUGCAGCCACCGACCAAGACUCAGGGCUUGUCCUCACUGCCUGUAUUUUCAGCUUCAGCUCCCUCACCAUAAAGCCCGAGUGUCCUCGUGGGGGUUGUUUGGGUUUAGUGCACUCAAGGAGCGACACUGAUGUGCUGGAUGAGGCACCGUGCUGGCUCAUCACGUCGGGCUGUUCCUCCUCUGGGGUGAAAAGCCAGUCUGGGGUGUCCCUGUGGACAUAAGAACACAGAGUGGAAAUCCCAGUUCUGCCAUUGGAAAGGAGAACUGCAAGCGGAGGACUGAUGUCAGAACAGAUGCAGGGUGUUUGGAAGUGAUUUCCAGGUCACUUGGGUAAAAAUCCUGUUUAGUGUCCCUCUCAUCCUGUGAGUUUUGUGUCCCACUGCACAGCGGGGAGGGAACAGCUCAGCCUGUUUCAGCCUCCUGGUUACAACGUGCUCAGUGACUCAUUGCUCUGUGUGACACUUAAUAAACCCUGACAAGUUUUAAAUGUUAUUUUGUAA